GUGUUUUGCAAAAACAGCUGACUGACAUAUCUGGAUUUACGGGGUAGAGCUAGGGAUCCUGUAUUUAUUUCAGCCAAAGGUAGCUAUUUUAGCUAGAGUUCAUUUUACACCAAUUCAUAACCCGCGUGUCGUGCACAGGGAAAACAUGGCAGAAACGGAUCCAAAGUCAGUUCAGGACCUUACCAAUGUGGUGAGUAUAUGACAUUGAAGCUAGCUAGCCAGCCAACAAGCAGGCCUGGUGAAUGGAUAUGUUUCGAUUGACAUUAGUGGAUAAUUUCAAUAGCCUAUGUAACUAGCUAGCUAAGAAAUUGGAUCGUACGAAAUAACUCGAAAGUAGUGUAUCAAACUCUAGAACGGUAAGCAAAUACCAUGGCUUCUACUGCUGUAGUGCCAAAUGUUUUUAUAACUAACCCAAGAUAGACCACAGCCUGUAGGCAGAACAAGCAAGGAGGUGGGCAGACCCAAGCACGAGCUAGCGAGAUCCUAUUGGCGUGUUCAAGCAUGUAUUUGCAUAUGUCAUUAGGGAAAGCCUACGCUGUGAAGUUCGCGUGUGCAAUAAUUAAAUUCGCCCUUGCACUACUACUAAACAUCGCAAUUUUUUAACAACUUUGGCAAAGUGUAAAGUCUACAAAACAUGAUCCACUUGUGUUGGUAACAGAACUGUAUUGAGAUGAAAUGUUUCAUUAAUGAUAAAAUGUGCAGAAUGUCGGCCAAAAUCCAUCUCGCGCCAUCUUUUCCCAUUUCUGGCCACUGGGCUUCCCUCAUCACCAUAUUUGGUGGUGUGGAAAUGCCAACCGGAUGUUUCAGAUUUAUACGUCCAGUGAAACGUCUGGCUCAUUGUUCUGUGUUAGUGCUGUAGCUACAUCUCCCAAGAUCUAGACUUCACUGACUGAAAAAGGAACGCCUUCUCUUUUUAGUUAGUGAUGGUUAUCCAUGAUCACGCUCUGCAUAGCUUGCUUAUAUAAAUAAACAAAAAUGCCAAUACAUUUUGAUGUGGUUUGAAUCAUGCUAAAUUAAAGGUUACAAAAUUAUUCUGAAUUGACCAUAAUCUCUGCUGUUUUCUCUCCUUUAGUCUCCCCCCUCUGUCUUUAUCUCUCUCCUCCAGUUUGCCUUUUGGAUUUUCAUAAAUUGCUUGCAAGAUGGGUCACGUUCGGUAAUUGAAUACACUAGAUCAUAUCAGCCUGUGUUAUGAUACACCUGUUACUGCUCUCUAAAAGGUCCAGACACUGCUGCAACAGAUGCAGGACAAGUUCCAGACCAUGUCAGACCAGAUCAUCGGAAGAAAUAUCCUCAAAAUGUUUAGGUAACUUGGUAUGGACCUAGAUCUUUCAAGUCAUUAUAAAUAUUGUAUAACUGGGGUGUCAUACCCCCAUUAGUUCAUUGCCAAACAUAAUGGUCUUUAGUCCAAUUUUGAUGUUUAUUUUACAUAAGCUAAUUUGUCAAAGAUUUCUGGUAGCAUUUUAUAUUACAGCACAGAAAGAAGUGGAAAUAAUAUUGUUAUAGUAUAGUAGUGCAUAGGAAUACAUUAGAUAUGUUUUACCAGUUGGAGUCAGAAUCUUGGCUGGGGAGUGUCUGUGAGUGGUAAUCAUUAAUGUUAUAAUGGAGAGGUUUUCCAGCCAGCACAUCCCACCCAUCAGCGUUAUCCACAGGUCCAUUAUCGGCCAGCCCAUUGUCUUCCUUAACCAUGUUCACUCGACGAGAUGAGCACCCGCAUCGAUGACCUGGAGAAGAACAUUGCUGACCUCAUGACCCAGGCAGGCGUUGAGGAGAUCGAGGGGGUCAAAGAGCCACAAGUCAAAGAAGGACAAGGGUCAUGA